AUUCGUUCUUUUCACAGCACUCUCGCCUCGUGUCGUAUUAGUGCUGUAAUUUGGUCAGACGUUUUUUCUCGUUUUCUCCUGAAAAAUCGUCAAAUCGGCUUCAAAAUGAGUUUGUACAAUUUCAAGAAGAUUAUGGUGGUUCCACCAGCCAAGGCCUUCAUCGAUAUUAUGCUUUCAAAAACCCAGCGGAAGACUCCGACUGUGGUUCACAAGCAUUACAAAAUUAGUCGGAUAAGAGCUUUCUAUAUGCGCAAGGUAAAGUACACCCAGCAGAAUUUUCACGAUCGGCUGUCGCAGAUAAUCCAGGAUUUCCCUAAAUUGGACGACGUACAUCCCUUCUACGCUGAUUUAAUGAAUGUGCUGUACGAUAAAGAUCAUUACAAACUUGCAUUGGGUCAGCUGAAUACGGCUAGACAUUUGAUUGAUACUGUUGCAAAAGAUUAUGUGCGUCUCCUCAAAUUUGGAGAUUCCUUAUACCGUUGCAAACAAUUAAAGAAAGCUGCUUUGGGUCGAAUGGCUACUAUAAUGAAACGGCAAGCAUCUAAUUUAACCUACCUGGAGCAAGUUCGCCAGCAUUUGUCUCGUCUACCAUCGAUCGAUCCAUACACUCGCACCAUAAUUAUUUGCGGAUUUCCAAAUGUGGGUAAAUCCAGCUUUAUUAACAAAGUGACACGAGCUGAUGUCGAAGUGCAGCCUUAUGCUUUUACAACAAAAAGUUUGUAUGUAGGUCAUACGGAUUAUAAAUAUCUGAGAUGGCAGGUGAUUGAUACGCCAGGAAUUCUGGAUCAUCCUUUGGAGGAACGUAACGUUAUUGAAAUGCAAGCCAUCACCGCCAUGGCACACUUGAGAGCGUGCAUUUUGUACUUCAUGGAUGUUUCCGAGCAGUGUGGACAUUCCAUUGAAGAGCAGGCUAAGCUAUUUGACAGUAUCAAACCUUUAUUUGUGAACAAACCUCUGAUCCUUGUUUUGAACAAAACCGAUAUCCUUACGUUGGAUGAAUUGGAUUCGGAGAAAAGAAAAAUCAUCGAAGAUCUUGCAGAUGAUACUGAGGAAAUUCCCAUCCUGCAAAUGUCUACCGUCACGGAAAAGGGAGUGAUGGAGGUCAAAACAGAGGCAUGUGAACGUCUGUUGGGUUAUCGCGUAGAUCAGAAACUGAAGGCCAAAAAGAUCGAAGGUGUGUUGAAUCGUUUGCACGUUGCAAUUCCGGCGAAACGAGAUGACAAAGAACGUCCUCCUUGUAUACCGGCAGCCGUUUUGGCUGCUCGUGCUGCAAAUGCAGAUAAAAUUGCACGUCGUCAGCGAAAAUUGGAAAAGGAAAUCGAGCAGGAGAUGGGAGACGAGUACACGCUGGAUCUGAAGAAAAAUUACGCGGACAUUGCGGAAGAAGAACGGUACGAUAUCAUUCCCGAGUUCCUGAAUGGUGUAAAUAUUGCCGACUAUAUCGAUCCGGAUAUUUUCGAAAAGUUGGAAGAGCUCGAGCGAGAUGAAGGUCUUCGAUUGGAAUCAGGCUUUUACGAUCCGCCACCACUUAAUUUGGACGAAACUUUGCUAGAGAUACGCGAGAUGGCCAAACAGAUCCGCCUUAAGCGGUUCUUACUCAAAGAUUCGCGUAAAAUGCAGCAAAAGAGUGGCCGUCCCGUUAUGCCACGCCAUAAGCAGGCUAUGGUACGGGAUCGUAAAGUUGACAACCUGCGCAAAACGAUGGAAAAUCUGGGAGUGGAUAUGGCAGAUACUGAUGGUGCCAAUUUCACCAAAAACCAAGUUGAUAUACGUCGCAGUCUAGUACCGGCGGUCGGUGGACUCAAAACACCCAAAAAAGAUCGCGAGUCGUUUGCCGUUGUUAAAGCUACUGGACAGCCUAUCAAACGUAAGACUCCUGGUCAUGAGCUAGGAAUCAAGAGUGUGGUGCUCAAGAAGAAGGCUAAGGUGAUGGCCAAACACGACAUUGCAAAGAAGGUAACAAAGUGGUCCCGCAAGGGAGAAGCCGACCGGCAUAUACCCGACCUGAUGCCGAAGCAUUUGUUUGCGGGAAAACGAGGUACGGGCAAGACAGAUCGCCGAUAAGUAGAGAACAGUGCAAGAUUGUCCAACAUGUUGAGGAUAUUCUAGGAGCUGUGUGCCUACUCAAUAGGUGUUUUAUUUUCAUGUAAUAAAGUAAUUCCUUAGCAUGAAGUUCUUAAGUACCUAAAGUUUAUGGUUGCUAAAUAAAAUGAUGCUUAACAGAAAUUACUUCAGUUGCAAGAAAAAUAAAAUAAAAUCGUGUAGGCAGCUUGCACUGACUUUUACGUAAUGAUUUGUUGAUGGCACAUCGUUAGAAUUUGUUCAACAUUGAUAAUUUGUUGAGGUAUCAGUAGCCCGGUAACAAGAUAAGUAUAUGGCUAAUGUGGCGUUACGAAACACCUAUAAGUCGAUUUAAAUGAAAUCAUUUAUGAAACAGGUAAAA